AUGACGCGGGAUGACCUCUUCAACAUCAACGCAGGCAUCGUGGCCACCCUGGCAGAGGGCGUCGCGCGGCACUGCCCAGACGCCUGGGUGCUGGUAAUCAGCAACCCGGUCAACAGCACAGUGCCCAUAGCUGCGGAGGUCUUCAAGCGCAUGGGCACCUACAAUCCCGCCAAGCUGUUUGGCGUGACUUCGCUGGACGUGGUGAGGGCUGAGGCCUUCAUUGGAGAGAUCCUCGGAGUGGACCCCCGUGACGUGUCCAUCCCGUGCAAGCCGCCCCUCAGCCUUGACCCAGUCCGCGCAGAGCAGCUCAUGGCACGCAUUCAGGACGCGGGCACAGAGGUGGUCCAGGCCAAGGCCGGCGCCGGCAGCGCGACGCUCAGCAUGGCCUACGCCGCCGCGCGCUUUGCGGAGGCCUGCCUGCGCGCGAUGGCCGGCGAGGGCGGCGUGGUCGAGUGCGCGUUUGUGGCGUCGAGCCUGACGAGCCUGCCGUUCUUCGCGGGGCCGGUGCGGCUGGGGCGGGGCGGCGUGGAGGAGCUGCUGCCGCUGGGGCCGAUGAACGACAUUGAGCAGCGCAACUACGACAAGAUGCUGCCGGAGUUGGCAGGCUCCAUCCGCAAGGGCGUAGAGUUCGCGCAGCGCCGUGCCGCCGCCGGCGCCGGGCAGUAG